AUGGAAGCUUCUUUUAGGGCCAGCAGGCUUCCUGGCCCCUCGGCUGGCCUCUCUGAGCUGAGCGAGUCGCAGCAUAAUGCCCGUAGCCAGUCAGGCAUUCCCGCUCCUGGCGGUAGCGGUAUCAAGAAAGGCUUGAAGCGCGAGAUUCCUCAGCCCGCUGCUCAACCAGAACCGAAGCGAAAACUCCUAUCCGACCGCGCCGCCGAAUACCCGCCCAAGGCCCCUCACAGCUAUGCAACGAGAGCAAACGUCGUCAAGGGCCAUGCGCUUACGAGCGCCUCCCACCGACAGAAUCCUGGCCAAGCGUCUUUGGGCAGCUUUGCGAAGAGCUUCGGCCCGGGAAGAGAACGACCAUCGGCAAAGACGAGCAUUCGCCCCCCAACUGCGCGACCAAAGAGCUGCGUUCCGCCACGGCCUAAAACCUCCCACGGGGAGCGUCUUGACCAAACAGUCACAAAUGUCUGGGACGUCGAUGAUCGCGUUGGAGACAUGGAGUCUCAGUUUGAACAAUUGAAGGAUAUCGUCAAUACGACACUUACGCAGAAGAAGGGACAUGAUGAUGCUCUCGAAUUGGCAAAGACCCGCGUGGCCGAACUCGAGGACGAUCGCCGGAAACUGGCUGAGCGCAGCGAAUCUUUGCGCAUUGAGCUCGACAGUGCUAGAGAACAAGGCCACUCCUUGCGACGCCAAAUUGACGACGCCCAAUGGAAGAACCAACGAGAGGUCGAUCACCUAAAUCGCGACCAUUCCCGCACAAUAGACGAUCUGAAUCGCCAGCACCAUGUUGCUGUUGACGAUCUUCAGCGAAAGUUAGAUCUGCUAAGAGACCAAGAGAAGAAGCAACAGCAAGAAUGCAUCCAAUCAAUGAUGCGGCAACACGAAAAAUCCCUCGAGGACGAACGCCAACGCAAAGACUGUGAGAUACAAGAACUGCGAUCGCGCAUGGGAAACGAAGCCCAGGAUAUGAACUCGAGCAUACAACGCAAGGAGCGCGAGUUGCAAGACUUGCGCGCCGAAAACGAGCACCUUCGCAGCGAGAUUGAACGCCAAAAAGGUCUCAAUGGCAGCCUUCAAUCCAGCUUAUCAGAACUAUCUGCCGCCAACAUGACGCUAGAGGCCAAGCUUAAUUCUGUUCGAUCGCAAGUGGAAUUCCUCGAGUCUGGUAGCAAGGCUCAGUCGGACGCCUUUGCCAACAUGGAAGCCAGGCUCCAGGAAGCCCUUCGACUAGCCGAGGAAGCGAGGAAUAAGCUUAUCAAAGAAGAGACUGAGAGACGUGUCUUGUUCAACAAAUAUCAGGAACUCAAGGGCAAUAUUCGCGUCAUGUGCCGAGUACGUCCGCCUCUGAGCGCCCCUGAGGAGGAUCGCGCUGGUAUGACUUUUCCAGACGAGAAGACGUCCGCAGAAAUUGUCCUUGCAGGCCCCGAGGAGCGUAGCAGUCUGGGCGUGGUCUCGCGGAAACACUACCCCUUUGAAUUUGACCGCGUCUUCAUGCCACAGUCGCAAAAUGAAGAAAUUUUUGGCGAAAUUUCACAGCUUGUCCAGAGCGCGUUGGAUGGCUAUAAUGUCUGCAUAUUCUGUUAUGGCCAGACUGGUUCUGGCAAGACGCACACAAUGUCUUCCAACGACGGCAUGAUUCCUCGCGCAACACACAUGAUUUACGACACGAUUACGAAACUAAAGGAAAAGUCCUGGGAGUACACCAUGGAAGGCUGUUUUGUCGAAGUAUACAAUGAGGAAUUAAAUGACCUGCUCGUAGCCAACGAGCGCAACCCCAAAAGGCUUGAAAUCCGCCACGACGAAGCGCGCAAGCAAACCAGCAUCACCAACUGCACAACAGUCACAUUAAAUUCCCCCGAUGUUGUCGAGACGAUGCUGAGCGAGGCCCAAAAGAAUCGGUCGGUGGCGGCGACCAAGGCCAAUGAGCGCUCGUCCCGAUCGCACAGCAUCUUCAUUCUCAAGCUCGUGGGCAAGAACUUGGCCACGGGGGAGCAGUGUGAGGGCACGCUGAACCUGGUGGACCUGGCUGGUUCGGAGCGCCUCAAGCACUCGCAGGCUGAGGGCGACCGCAUGAAGGAGACGCAAAACAUCAACAGGAGCCUCAGCUGUCUAGGCGAUGUGAUUGAGGCGCUCGGUCGCGGGUCCGGCCACAUUCCGUACCGCAACUCGAAGCUGACGCACCUCCUUCAGUACAGUCUAGGGGGGAACAGCAAGACUCUCAUGUUUGUCAUGGUGUCGCCGUUGGAGACUCAUCUCAAGGAGACGCUGACAAGUCUACGAUUCGCAACCAAGGUGCACAACACACAUAUUGGCACUGCGAAAUCAACUAAGAAGAUCAAGGGAGGCGACUAG